AUUUCGCCGUGAAACCCAUGUCCGCCGUGAAAUCUGUCUCUUCCUUCAGGCUCGCCUCUCUCCUCCGCCGUGAGAAUGAUCCUUCCGCCGCAAUUAAGCUUUUCCGUAACCCUGAUCCAGAAUCAACGAACCCGAAACGACCCUUUAGAUACUCGCUUCUUUGCUACGAUAUUAUUAUCACGAUACUUGGUGGCUCCAAGAUGUUUGACGAGCUAGAUCAGGUACUUCUCCAGCUAAAGACCGAUACUCGGAUCGUUCCUACAGAGAUUCUGUUCUGCAAUGUAAUCAAUUUCUUCGGCCGUGGAAGAUUACCUAGUCGUGCACUCCACAUGUUCGACGAAAUGCCUCAAUACCGUUGCCAACGCACUGUGAAAUCCCUGAACUCUCUCUUGAAUACACUUCUUAAGUGCGGUGAGUUUGAGAAAAUGAGGGAACGUCUUUCGACUAUUGAUGAGUUUGGUAAGCCUGACGCUUGUACUUACAAUAUACUUAUCCAUGGAUGUUCUCAGAGAGGGUGUUUCGAUGAUGCCUUGAAGCUAUUCGAUGAAAUGGUCAAGAAAAAGGUGAAGCCCACUGGGGUAACCUUUGGGACGUUGAUUCACGGGUUGUGCAAGAAUUCGAGGGUGAAGGAAGCUUUGAAGAUGAAGCACGAUAUGUUAAAAGUGUAUGGAGUAUGUCCCACGGUUCAUAUUUAUGCGUCGUUGAUUAAAGCGCUUUGUCAAAUUGGUGAAUUGAGUUAUGCAUUUAAGCUUAAGGAUGAGGCGUACGAAGGAAAGAUUAAAGUAGACUCAGCUAUUUACUCUACGUUGAUUAGCUCGCUUAUAAAAGCUGGAAGGUCAAACGAGGUAUCGAGGAUCUUGGAAGAAAUGAGUGAAAACGGAUGCAAACCCGACACAGUGACUUACAAUGUACUGAUUAACGGGUUUUGUGUUGAGAAUGAUUCGGAAUCAGCUUAUCGAGUUUUGGAUGAAAUGGUUGAAAAGGGCUUGAAACCAGAUGUUAUAAGCUACAACAUGAUACUUGGUGUCUUGUUUAGAAUCCAAAAAUGGGAAGAAGCAACUUACUUGUUUGAAGAUAUGCCCAGAAGAGGUUGCAGCCCUGAUAUCUUAUCUUAUAGAAUAGUUUUCGAUGGGCUUUGCGAAGGUUUACAAUUUGAAGAAGCUGCGGCUAUCUUGGACGAAAUGCUUUUCAAAGGUUAUAAGCCUCGCAGGGACAGGCUAGAGAGAUUUCUGCAAAAGCUAUGUGAAAGUGGAAAGUUGGAGAUUCUAAGUAAAGUUAUCAGUAUUUUGCAUAGAGGGAAUGCUGAUGAUGCAAAUGUAUGGUCGGUUAUGAUACCUACGACAAUGUGCAAAGAACCCGUGAUAUCGGAGUCUCUUGAUUUGUUGUUGAACACAGUAAAGGAAGAUGGUCCUUUAUCAGCAAGGCCGCCAUGCUAGGUCACCUGUCGUGCAAGUUAAUGUUGCUGUGAACCUUGUUCUGGUUCUGGUAAUACAGGGCAAGGAACAAAAUAGAAGAGAGAUUUGCAAAGCUCUCUGGUAAUACAGGUGAAUAGUUACC